AAUGCUCAUGAUCAAGUUCAAUAGUAAUGAUCUACUGUGCUGUAAUAUCUUCCCUUUUACACACAAAUGUGCUUUGUGACAUGUUGAUAUUAGGUUUUCUCCUUUUUUAUUAAUAACUGUUUUUCUUAAAGCUUGAAGACAUUGUGUCACUGUGCGACAGUUAUGUACUGUUUUAGGGAUUUAUGUCAUGUUGCUGUCAUUUGUUUAUAGGAGAGUGUGGCUGCAAAAAGAAUGUCAUCUACUAGGCCAUCAUGAGAAUACCAACAUUUGAAAGCACUCACCUGACAAGUAAAUCCUAAUGAUCAGAACACUCAUUGGCAGGCUUGUAUUAACUGACACAUAGAGAGACCAGUAUCUAAAUCAUGCUAAUAAUCUUGCGCUUUUGUUUGCAUUUCCAGUGCACAAUAUAUCACAGCUGAGCGGGUCGGCUGAAACACCCCCUGCUGUACUUGGUGCGUGUAACCUUGAGCAUAUCUGCAGGUUACAUCUCAACUGGUGCUCCACCGCUGAGGUUAAUACUGUACAGACACUAAAAUCAGAGCAGUGUCCCUUGCUGGUACAACACACAGUUUCUGGGUCACUCCUCAGCCCUCUGAGAGGGCCCCAUCCACAUUGGCAACAGAGGGAGACGGAGAGAGCGGGUAGGAGAGAGAGAGAGAAAGGGAAAUGUAUUUAUAGAAAAAUGGGGCUUUGCAGUACCUUUUCUUGCUAAGAACCAUUUCAAGACCAAGUGAGUGUGUCCCAGUUUUCUGAUCACCGCUCAGCCAAAGGGUUUGGGCUGAGGCUGAGGUUGGACCACCUCAUCCAGGAUGGAGAUUUUCAGAUGCUCUCCCUUCUCUAGCCUCUCUAUCCUCAACUAGAGACCAAGGAAGCAAUGGCCUACAUAUCUUACACAUGUGACCUUUAAGGCACAUUUGAUUUACCUAGCUGGGUCGAGGCUUUUGGUGGGAGUGAGCUCAGGUGAGGAGCAGCACGAGGGUGUCCAAGGGCACUCUUAAGCUGCAUCGACCCCCUACACGGGGGUGGAGGGAGGCUGGCUGGAACGUGCCCUGCCGCAAGCCGGGCAAGGAUGAGGCGUUUUCUGAGCAGAAAAGGCCGCUUCUCCCUGCGCCAGAGCAAGUCUGGGACCCGGAGUGCCUCCAAAGAUUUCUACCUCGGUCUUCCAGCCACCAAUCAGAACUGGCCAGAGGCAUUUGGUUUCCGGCUGGGUGGCACGGGGCCCAGCUACAUCCUGUCGGUGGUGGAGGGCAGUAGUGCUUACCUGGCUGGCCUGCAGCCUGGGGACCAGGUGGUGGACAUUGAGGGCCAGGAUGUGACCAACCUCAGCACACCAGCACUAAUCGCCCUGGCUCAGACCCUCAAGACUGUCCCACCCAGCAUCGGGGUGGUGUCACGGAUUGAACAGAUUGACAUCACUCCUGGACCCGAUGGCCGUUUUGGAUUCACCAUUGUUGGCGACAGCCCUCUGAUGGUGGAGGAGUGCAUGCCCAACGGUCCGGCUGGGCGCAGUGGCCUGAAGGCCAGGGACUACGUCAUGGAGGUCAACGGCAUCCCAGUGAAGCAUCAUGAAACCGCUGCUGCCAUGAUCAAAGCAGCGCAGGGGCGACCUCUGCGCCUGGGCGUGCUCAGCAUGGCCCGACGACCCAAGAGGCUGAGCAGCAGCAUGAGGGUGUUGUCACAGAGCGGAGACAGUGUCAGGGAGAGUCGUGCCCACAAGGCCAUGGAGUUCAAUAAGAAGGUGGAGGAAGUGCUUGGAGAGGACCCAGAUGUGAAGGAGCACCUGUUUGAGGUGUUAAAACAGUACGCUGCUGAGAGGGAUGUGGAAAGUCUUGCCGAGGCCUUGCCUGACAUCCUAAUCACAGAGGAGCAUCAACAGCUGAUUGACAGUGUCAGGAUCUUCAUUCCCAAGAAACAUCGGGAGCGUUUUGAUGAGGUGGUCUCCCAGAGCCUGUUGAGCCGCCUCAAGGGCCGGAGCUUCAGUGACCCUAGCCGUAGCCACCUGCGCCGCAGCCGGAGUGAGGAUCACCCAGAGCGCCUCCUGGUUUCCACACGUGCCAGCUCAGUGCCACGCACCCACGCAGAGGAGGGCGUGGUUCCACCCACCCGAGGCAUGCGAAAGACUACCUCCCUCAUAGCCGGCCACUCCAGUGGCACCACCAACUGCAGGACAGUGAGGGUUUGCAAGGGCAACAUGAGUUUUGGGUUCACCCUGCGAGGUCAUGCUCCAGUGUGGAUUGACUCUGUCAUCCCGGGAAGUCCAGCAGACAAGGCAGGUCUCAAACCAGGAGACCGCAUCCUUUUUCUCAACGGACUCGACAUGAGGACCUCCUCCCAUGAGAAGGUGGUGUCCAUGCUGCAGGGCAGUGGUGCCAUGCCUACAUUGAUGGUGGAGGACGGUCCACCUUCUUUCGCUCUGGCAGAGCAGGACCUUGCGGGCGGCGGCGUUCCCACAGAACGUGCUCGCUCUCCAGUGCUCAGCUCCCUGCAGUGGGUGGCCGAGAUUCUGCCGCCCAGUAUCAGGGUUCAUGGCCGCACCUUCGGACAGCAGCUGGAGCACCUGCUGACCAUCCAGGAGAGGUACACCAUCUGCAAGGCUUUGGAGAAUUUCUUCCAGCACAGGAAUGUUGACACUCUGAUCGUGGAUGUGUUCCCGGUGCUGGAUACUCCAGCCAAACAGGUGAUCUGGCAGUUUAUUUACCAGUUGCUGACAUACGAGGAGCAGGAACACUGCCAGAAUAAGAUCUCACGCUUUCUGGGAUACAAAGCCCCAGUUCCACCACCACCACCACCACCUCCCCCUCCGCCAGAGACAGUGGUUGCCCCUGAACCUCACCGCCGCAGCAGCUCCAUGAGGGUAAUGGGGACCACGUACAGGAGCAGUGUGAGGGGACGUAGUUCUGAUGACCUGGUCAUUGGCACACACUUGGGCAUGGGGCUGCAUGCAGAGCCAGUGUUGGAGACAGGGAUGAGGUUGGCUCCAGGGGAGAGACAGUCAGGAGAUGGUACCUCCCUUCCAGAGACUCCUAACAAUCUCACCAAUCUGUCAGCCGUGUAUGCUGAACUGGAGAACAUGUAUUCAACCAAGAGGUCCAAGUCUAUGAAGAGCCGCCCUCCUCCUGCCCCCGAGAGUUUACUGGAUCUGGAACCUCCUUCACACUCUGCCUCCCCUACAAUACAUGCUAACACAGGUAGCCGUAAAGGUCCAUCACCUACUCAAGCCUGGCAGGAGACUCCCCCCAGCCCCCCUCCAGCCCAGUUCUACCCACCAGGGCUACCAAGCCAGACCAGUGGGGAGUCCAAUCCCUACAUCAGCUUAGACAGUCCACCACCCUCACCUCCGGACCUUGCUGAUUUCCCAUCUAGUCCACCACCCAAUCGCAGCGGCAAACGGCGUUACACCUUCUCCAAACCGCCCCGCUCAGAUGACACAGAUCGCUUCCUGGAUGCACUGAGUGAGCAACUGGGACAGAGAGUGGCCAUCAUUGACGACUUUCUGACUCCUGAGAAUGACUACGAGGAGGAUGUUGUGCAGAUGAGUUUCCCAGAUGAGGAGGAUGAGGAUAUUGAAGAGGAGUUGGGUGUAGAUGAAGAAGAGGAAAAUGGAGGAUUUGUUGCUCCAGAGCUGAGCAGCCCAAGUGAUGUUCAAAGCAGCAGUGGAGAGGAUAAUGCCUCUUCUCUCACCUACUCCUCAUCUUCAGACCACAUUCCUCCUCCCCCCAUGACACCUCCUCCACCUCCGCCUGUUCAGUUCAAUGACCUGCCUCCUCCUCCUCCACCACCACCUACACAAGCUCAGACUCAGCAGCAGCAGCAGCAGCAGCAGCAGCAACAGCAGCAACAGCAGCUUGACUACUCCCCAGAACACUCCCCAAGAACAUAUGUGCCAAUUCGCCGGAAAUCUGGACCACCUCCACCACCUCCACCCCGUAGUAAUCCACCACCUAAGCGGCUUUCUCUUCAUAAAGUGUUACCUGCGAGAGAGGAUUUACAGGUCCAUGCUACUAUACAAGAGCUAAAAGCCUACCAAGAACGACAAGCCUACCAGGAAAAACAAACCUACGAGGAGCAACAAGCGUAUAAGGAGAGGCAGGCAUAUGAAGAGCAGAAAGCCUAUGAAGAAGAACAACUUUUUAAAGAGCAGCAGACCUACCAGGAACAACGGGCCUUUCAGGAGAAAGUUUUAAAAGAGAGACAAGCUUAUGAAGAGCAGAAAGCAUAUGAGGAGCAAAAAGCUUUUGAAGAGCAGCAAAUGUACAAAGAACAACAAGUUGACCAAGAAAGACAAGCAUAUGCACAGCGCCAGGCCUACAAGGAGCAAAAAAUGUUGGAAAAGCUUCAAGCCUACCAAGAACAAAAAGCAUAUGAACAGCGUCAGGCCUAUAAGGAACAAAAUGCAUUGGAGGAGCUUCAAGCUUUCCAAGAACUAAAAGCCUAUGAAGAUCGUAAAGCUUAUGAGGAGCAAAAAGCUUAUGAAGACCGCCAGGCUUAUGAAGAGCAACAAGCGUAUCAAAAACAACAGAUGGAACAGAUCUACCAGAGUCACCACUCAAUGCCUGUCCAGCCAACACAGGAAAAAGCAAAUUCACCACGUCCUCUCCAACAACUUCAUCAGUCCUUACCACCACUCCCCUCUCCAGACUCCACCCAUCACCAUGCCAACCAUCCUCUCUAUAUGAUGCGCCAAGCACAGCAGCAGCAGGCCUACCCAAGUCAUCACCACCGGCGUCUGUCUCGCUCAGCUCCUCCUCCUCACCAGCCUUCAACUCAACCAACGUCCCACUCUGGCCAACAAGAUAAAUAUGCUGAGGGCAUCUACCAAAGUCGUCAGGGCCUAAGACCCCAUCAGCUCCAUUCUUCAGCAGAGAUGCUCCACCAGAUGAACCAAGCCCCACCCCAUCACUCAUCUACAGAGAUGCUCAACCAGAUGCAACAGUCCUUGUCCCACCACUCAUCUGCUGAGAUUCUUCAGCAGAUGCAGCAAGCCCACUACUCCUCGUCAGAAAUGCUCCACCAAAUACACAAACCCAAGGCACAUCAUUCUUCAGCAGAACUUCUGCAUCAAGCUCACCAAAUGCAGCAGAUGCAGCCGCACCACUCCUCAACAGAGCUUCUCCAUCAAGCUCAUCAGAUGCAUCGGGGUCAACCGCACCAUUCAUCCACUGAGCUGCUCCAUCAAAUGCACAAGCCCCAGGCCCACCACUCCUCCACAGAGCUGCUCCAUCAAGCUCAUCAAAUGCACCAACCCACGCCCCAUCACUCCUCCACAGAGCUGCUCCAUCAAGCUCAUCAAAUGCACCAGCCCACGCCCCAUCACUCCUCCACAGAGCUGCUACAUCAAGCCCAGCAAGAGCCCGCCUCCCUUCCACUUCAGCUCAAACGGGACAGCCAAUCACACCAGAGCCGUAAAAGUCUUAAAGGUCAUCAUGAAACCCAAGUGACACCACAGCAGAGCCACCAAACUCAUCACCCCCAGCCCUCCAAACCCUCUCCGCAGAGACCCCACUCUAUCCAGCAGACCCACCACCACCCCACAGCUCAGAUCCACCACAUCCACCAUAUGACCCCACAGCCCCCUCCACAGGACUACCAACACCAGAUUCAAGUCAUCCACCCUCCGCAGCAGCCCCACAGGCCUCAGCCUCUCCUUUCUACAUUUCAGCCCCUGCAACCACAUCAGCCCACACUCUCCACUUUCCAGCCUCUUCCCCAACACCACCACUUGCAGCACGUCCAGUCCACCACCCAAACUACCCGGCCACAGUCCCAGCCCUCACAUCACCUGCUGCAGUCCCCAAACCUGCCACAGUCUCAGUCGUCCCACCAUAAGCAAUCACAUGGCCAUGGUCAGCCCCCAUCCCUCCCCCACUCUCUGUCCGAUCCCGCAGAGCACCUGGAGCCCCCUCCUCCACCACCCUUGCCCCCACCUUGCUCUCCCCCGCCACUGCCGAGGCCCAGUCUGUCCAGGAUGGACUCCAAUCAUAUGAGUGUGAAGAGGUUGCGCUGGGAGCAAGUAGAGAAUUCAGAGGGGACUAUUUGGGGACAGUUGGGAGCAAAUUCGGAUUAUGAUAAACUGCAUGACAUGGUGAAGUAUCUGGAUCUGGAGCUGCACUUUGGGACACAGAAGAACACCAUGCUUGCCCCAGAGCCGUCCAUGCUGACAGAAUCCUUCAAGAAGAAAGACGUGAUAGAAAUUCUGUCCCAUAAGAAGGCUUACAAUGCUUCCAUCCUGAUUGCCCACCUGAAGCUUUCUCCUGGGGAGCUGCGCCGGGUGCUGAUGAACAUGGCCACCGAUCGGCUGGAGCCAGCCCACAUCAAGCAGCUGCUGCUGUACGCCCCCGACGCAGAGGAAGUCAAAAAGUACGAAGAGUACAGACAGGACCCAAGCAAGCUCAGUGAACCAGACCAGUUUGUGUUACAGAUGUUAUCAGUGCCAGAGUACAAGACACGCAUGCAGAGCCUCCUCUUCAAGUGUUCUCUACAGGAGAAGACAGAAGAGCUGAGGGGAGCGUUCGACUGCAUCUGCAAGGCCUCCAUGGAGCUGAAAACCAGCAAGAAGCUAGCUAAGAUACUGGAGUUUGUGCUGGCGAUGGGAAACUAUCUGAAUAACGCGCAGCCUAAAACCAACAAGACGACAGGCUUUAAGAUCAACUUCCUCACAGAGUUGAGCACCACUAGAACAGUGGACGGGAAGUCAACAUUUCUGCAUAUUCUGGUCAAGUCUUUAUGUCAACACUUUCCUGAGGUGUUGGAUUUUUCCAAAGAGCUCACGAUGGUUCCUCUUGCAGCAAAAGUGAACCAGAGGACUAUCACGUCAGACUUCAGUGACCUCCAUACAACGAUCCAGGAUAUUCGCUCGGCCUGUCAGAAGAUGCCUGCAUCUGCCGAGGACCGUUUUGCUGUUGUCAUGAGCAACUUUUUGGAAAACAGUCACCCAGCAGUGCAGUCUCUGGAGUCCCUGCAGCAGAGAGCAAUGGAAGAAUUCAACAAAACUGCCUCCUACUUUGGAGAAGACGGCAAAGCCACCAACACUGAGGCCUUCUUCGGUAUAUUUGCGGAGUUCAUGAACAAGUUUGAGAGAGCUUUAAGUGAUCAUCAGGCUGCAGAAAACCUGAAGAGCCCCCACAGUCCACGAGUGGCCUCCCCGCUGGCCUGGUAACACACACAAA